AUGCAUGCAGGCUGGAACCUCGUGGCAAUUGUGUCGCUCUUUUAUGGAAAUGCUUUAGGUUUCUUUUGGCCGUUCACAGCUUUCGCAGCUCCGUCCUCUGUCGCGGCCGUCCCAAGCGCAGCGCCAAAGAGGGUGGCCAUUAUUGGUGCUGGAGCAGGUGGGUCUUCCGCCGCGUAUUAUCUUCGACAAUUUGCGGAACAGUCAGAUAUUGAUAUCGAUAUCACUGUCUAUGAGAGAGCGUCGUAUAUUGGUGGUCGCUCAACGACUGUGAAUGCGUACAAUGAUGCUCGCUUUCCUGUCGAACUUGGUGGCAGCAUUUUCGUUGCGACAAAUGAAAUUCUGAAGAAUUUCACUUUGGAGCAUGGCCUUGAACCUCAAGACUCUGGAACAGAAUAUAGUGAUGUUCUGGGCAUUUGGAAUGGAGAAUCUUUUGUCCAUACCAUGAAAGACAGCGGCUGGCAGUGGUGGGACAACACGAAGUUGCUGUGGAAGUAUGGGAUGGCUCCUAUCAAGACAGUCCGUCUAAUGAAAGUCGUCGUGGGAAAGUUCAAGCAGCUUUAUACAGCCCCGUUCUUCCCUUUCCGAUCAUUGUCCGACAGGGCAGAAGAUCUCGAUCUACUUCCAGCGACCGGUGUUACUGGGGAACAGUAUCUCGAAAAGAAUGGAAUAACAGGUCCGUUUACGACCGACAUAAUCCAAGCGAGCACACGCGUCAACUACGGGCAGAAUCUAGGAGUUAUUCAUGGGUUAGAAACUAUGGUGUGCAUGGCAAUUGAGGGUGCGAUGUCGGUCAGGGGUGGCAACUGGCAAAUCUUUGACGGCAUGUUAAAAUCAUCAAACGCUACAAUCAAUCUCAACACUACUGUUGAUGCCAUCUCUAAGGUCAACGGUAAGUACGCUGUGCAAUCUACACUACUAGGAGCAUCCGCGUCCACGACCAAGCAUUAUGAUACCGUCAUUCUUGCGGCACCUUUCCAGUACUCUGGCAUCAAUGUCGAGGAGGGUGUCCUUAGGAAGACACCAGACAAAAUACCCUACGUUACUCUCCAUGUUACUCUUUUCGCUUCGAAUCGCACCUUCAGUCCCAAGUUCUUCGGUCUUGGCCCAGAUGCCGAUGUACCAACCACCAUCAUAACCACUCUUCCUCCUGGUGAAGUUCCAGCUCGUCCAGAAGACGGCGUGGGUAAGGCAGGCUUUUUCAGUAUGAGCACUUUACGUUCUGUCAUAAACCCAGUCACUUUGCAAACGGAAAAUUUAUACAAGGUUUUCUCGCCUGCGCCUGUAACUCCAGAAUUUCUUGCUAAGGUGUUCGACGCGGAAAUACCCAGCAAUCUAAAUAACAUUAGUGCUUCUGAUAGCGGCGUCAUUAGUUGGUACUAUCCUCAUGUCUGGCACUCAUACCCCUAUGAAUAUCCCCGUGUUACCUUUGAAGACUCGGAAAUCGCGCGAGGCUUUUACUAUACAAGUGGCAUGGAUUCCUUCAUAUCCACAAUGGAGACGAAUGCUCUUAUGGGAAUGAACGUGGCCCGAUUGGUCAUGGACGAUUUUCUCGAAUUUCUACCACAAAGCGGUACCGAGGCAGGUGGUCAAGUUCCAAUCCAGGUAGAGCGGAAGGAGAACGAAUUGUGA